GGGAAAAGUCCUAAAAUUGUGAUUGAUAAUCAAAGGGUGGUGUGGUGCCUGCGCGCUAGAGUCUCUUGAUAUAAACAUGGCUGCCACGCCAAAUAACACUCCGAGGAUCGUGCUGGUCGGGAAGACGGGAAGUGGGAAAAGUGCAACUGCAAACGCCAUUCUCGGGGAAAAAGUAUUCGAGUCUAGGAUUGCUGCCCACGCUGUUACCCAAACUUGUCAGAAAGCAUCCCGGGAAUGGAAGGGGAAAGAGCUUCUCGUUGUUGACACCCCAGGGCUCUUUGACACCAAGGAGACCCAGGACAAAACCUGCAAGGAAAUCAGCCAAUGUGUCCUCGCCUCCUGUCCUGGGCCUCACGCCAUCGUCUUGGUCCUGAGGCUGGGCCGCUACACAGAGGAAGAGCAGAAAACCGUGGCGUUGGUCAAGACUCUGUUUGGGAAAGCAGCCAUGAACUAUAUGAUCAUCUUAUUCACUCGCAGAGAUGAACUGGGGAACCAGAGCCUGAGCGACUUUUUGAAGCAUGCAGAUGUAAACCUACGAAGCCUCCUCCAGGAGUGUGGAGACCGCCGCUAUGCCAUCAGUAACAGAAACACAGAGCAGGCUGAGAAGGAAGCUCAGGUGCAGGAGCUGCUGGAGCUGAUAGACAAGAUGGUGCAGAACAACCAAGGGGCUUACUUUUCUGACCCCAUUUACAAGGACAUAGACCAAAAGCUGAGACAGCAGGAGGAAUGCUUGAAGAAAGUCUAUGAGGAUGAAUUACAAAACCAAAUGAAACUAAUAGAAAAGGAAUAUGCCAAUGAACCACAAGAAGAAAAGGAUAAACAAAUAAAGUUGCUACUGCAGAAGCAUGAAGAACGAAAGAAAAAUAUAAAGGAAGAAGCUGAGAUGAAAAUAUUUCAGAGUUUAUUCAACAUGAUUAAAAAUAUGCUUUCAAGAAUAUGGCACAUGUUCUGGUAGUAUAAAAUUUAUUUUUACUCCUUAGUUUACUAUAACUUGUUAAUGUGGUAGUGUUUAUUUUCCAAAGAUGGUUAAAACCCUAUCUUCUGACUUCUUAUAAUCUGAUUCCUCUUAUGAUCUCUCUUCCUUGAGCUAAGGGCCUAUGUCCUUAACCUGGAAAUUAGAGGGACUUUGUGACUGCUUUGAGAAAUAGUGGGUGGUUGAAGUAACACCAUACGACUUCUAAGAUUAAAUAGGGAAAAUGCCUCCUUGCUCUUUCACAUUGGUUACCCUUGGAAUUUGCCCACCCUGUUGUGAGGAAGCCUGAGUAGAAGCCCAAGUCGCCCGCAUGAAGAGAACCUGAAGUCACUGAUCCACUCCCCUGGCUGAGAUUUCAUCUGCCAUCCAGAAUCAGCUUGCCAGCCUUGCAAGUGAGGCAAGACAGAGUGGAUUCUCCAGCUGCCAACUGAUGAAACUGCAAAGAGCAAAGAAGAGCCAUCCCCAUGGGGUCCUGCCUAAAUUGGAGAUUCCUGAGAAAAAUAAAUGGUUGCUGUUCUUUUAAACCAC